AUGCGACACGAAAGACGGACCGAAUAUGUUCAAGAGGUCGACCAAGAGCACUCACUGCAAAACACCACCGAUGCGAACAUACCGGGAUCAGUGACAAUGGAGGCCUUACGCAAUCUGUCGCACAAACUAUCGUCAAAAGAACCCGAACUUCUACAAGUACCUGUCAGACACAGUCUGCCCUUAAAACCAUCCUCCGACGAUUGUGACUCCGACUUUUCAGACACCUAUGACGCGGACGAUCCUGAUGAUUUGGAAGAAGAAGAGAAGGCAUUGGUCACCGCAUACCUACAUGACCCUCCAGCUCUGCAUAUCCGACGGACGUUGGACCAGUACUACUACCAUAUGCUUGACAACACCAAAGAGCGCGACAUGGACCAGGUAGUGUCUCGAUGGGCAGAAAACACGAAAGCCGAGGCUCGGCACAACAUUCUUAUGGUGGAUCAACUCUGGCUUUGGUCCACUCAUCAGAAAGCGUCCCCAUCCAAAGCUCAAGACAAGGCGUCUGAGAUUCGAACAAGCCGCGAGCAGAUGGGCAUGAACAAUGGAAGCUAUCCGGAGGAAGAACCCCAGGAUCACUACGUCAUAUCUUGCUUCCCAAGCAGAACAGGGACGGGCCAGCAUGCGCACCGCGUUAUGGACGAUCUUAGACUACUAGUCCUGGAUCCGACGCACCGCAAACGACACCCUAUCCGUAAACCGGAAGACCUUACUUCACGCAUAUUGGAGACCUGCUGCAGUGUUUUUGAUAGACUACUAGAUGCGGAGCCGCUUCGUUUUUUCCAGAUGUUCGAAGAGAGUGUUGGAACAAUAAAGAACAACAAUAAGAGUUAG